CCUGUAGUUUUAAGCUUCUUAAACGGCCUAAAAUGGCAUUAUAGCCCGCCUUACAUCUAAAAGUGGAGAUGAAGCCUCACACCGGCGUCGUUAGACCUAAAAUUAUGUCACUUCCAGCUGAAGCUCAUCUGAUAAUACAGGACAUUACAGACGCGCGACCCAGUUAUCGUACAAACUACAAAUCCAGUCCUCCGGUGUCUGGGUGCUCCACGGCUUCUGAAUCCAGACCGAAUAUCGUGUCAGCAAGACAAAAAUACCAAUUCAGUCCAAGCGUUAUAGAUUCAAGGGAUCUAAUGCCGCUCAGUGUCAGCUCUAUUACUGAAGGGCCUCUGCUUCCGUUGUUAGCCAAAAAUCGCUCAGCAGUCACCAAACGUACCUCACAAAACCACGUGUUUGAAAGUGAUAUUUCUGACCGGCAUUUUUUAUUUGAUAAACGAUGGAAAAAUGGAACUUACACCACUAAUGGCAUUGAAGAUGAUGUUCUGAUGAACCACAACCAUACAAAUCCACUCUCUCAGGAUUUUCAUGUUUAUCGCUCUCACAAUUUAACCAAAUUUUCCCACCGCAAAGAACUCUGCCCGCGCGAGCCAAGACCACUUAUUUGCGGGACUGAUUAUCUGACCUCACUUCCAUCAGUUCUGUUACCAGCCACUACCCCAUCUAUCAGUGGACCACUCUGUUUUUCACAAAACUAUAAAAACAGAUUAAGGAUGAAAAACAGAGUGCACAAUCUCUUCUCUGAUGGCGCUAACAACAAAACCUGUGGGCCGGUGAUUGUUUUUCAGGCCAGUCGUACCCUGAUCCACACCUGGGUGCCUCGGCCUCUUUUGUUCAGAGGCUCACAGAGAUUUCCUCUCUGGAAGCAGAGACAGUCCGGCAGGAGAGGAUGAGGAGACUCAAAAAAAUCAAUAGGCAGGACUCUUAAUCGGAGUUCAUUAGCCAAAGAGGAAACGCUUGACUCCUGAUAUUACAACUGUGCCAAGAUGGAGUAAAUAAAAGUCAAGAA